AUGGACGAUACAACCUCAAAUAUAAUUCAGACUACCUAUAGUGUAUCAAUUGUACCUUUUACUCACAAGCUAUCAGGGAACGUACAUAACAUCAAUGCUGUCACACCUGAGCAUGUUGUUCCACAGGUCGCAUUGGCAAUCCUUGCGGCGAUCCCUAUGGGGUUGAGGAUUCCGAUAGUUUACAAUACGUCUUCUUACGACUCCCCAGAGGCUUUAUCUCUUAUGGACGGGCUUGUGGAUAUAUACCUCGCAGAUUUCAAAUUAUCGUCUCCGACAUCGUCGAAGCGACUCCUAAAAGCAGAAGACUACCCGAAGACGGCGAGAGAGAGCAUAAAAAUCAUGCAUAGGCAAGUCGGAGACCUCAAAUUUAAUUUUGAUGGGAUUGCGCAAACCGGACUCCUCGUCAGGCACCUGGUUAUGCCGACAUACGUCGAAGAAGGGAAGGAGAUUAUGAGGUAUUUAGCUGAGCACGUGAGCAAGGACACGUAUGUACAUGUUAUGGAGCAAUACCGGCCCGCAGCGCACGUUGGAAAGAUGAACAGAGGUAAAUCGGGGGGUAUGAGGUACUCAGAGAUCAAUCGUCCGGUUACGGAUCCGGAAGUUGACGCUGUGAAACUGGCGGCUAGAGAAGCAGGCCUCUGGAGGUUUGUGGAAGAAUCUCCACAUGAAGGUUUUAGAUAA